UAUAACUGGGUUCCAUCGGCAGCGGCGGCCACAGUCUGUCACAGAGACAGCGGCUGAAGGGAGGCAGGAAGCUGACGGGCAGCAACGAUGCGGACGCUGUGCUUUUUCUGGUCUCUGGCACUGUGGCUGGGCUCUGGAGAGUCCCAGACUCUGACUCAGCCUCCGACCGUGUCGGUGAAUCCAGGAGCCACGGCCACUCUGGAAUGUAACAUAGGGUACAGUGAUGGCUAUUAUGUGAAUUGGUACAAGCAGACACCGGGAACAACGCCACAGUUUGUCCUGCAUUACCAUCACUCACUCAGCGCCCCGACCUAUGGGUCAGGGUUUAGCAGCGACCGUUUCACGACGACAGCCAACGGCGCCGCCACCGUUUACCAGCUGAUCAUAAACAACGCGGAAGUGAAUGACGCUGCCGUCUAUUACUGCGGAAAGGCGUUUUCUUCGGGCAGUGGUUGGGGUCUCGGCCCAGGGACCAAGCUCUUUGUUACAGCUCAGCAGCUCCCGGACCCUUCAGUAAAACUGCUUGGGCCGUCAGCAGAGGAGAUCUCCACUAAAGGAGCGGGCACCUUCGUUUGCCUGGUCAGUAAACUGUCGGUGGGCUUCCCUACCGUCAGCUGGACAGUGGACGGGAGUCCGACGAGCAGUCAGGUGGAAACCAGCGCGGUGAGGCGGAACACGGACAACACCUUCAGUCUCAGCAGCUACCUGACGGUGCCCGGCACAGACUGGAGCAGUGGGAGGGUGUACUCCUGCACAGUUCAACAAGGAGCAGCCUCGAAAAUAUCCGCAACAGUCGCACAUACCAGCUGUUGAACAGAGUGCGGCUGCGGGCGUGUUUGCCCCCUGAUUACCGGGAGAUCACUGCCUUGCAUCUUUCACCCCCUCUCCCACUCUGUGCGCUCGCUCUUCACUCUACCCUGUGCUUCUGUUCCGCUCUCUGUGGUUUCCACCGUGUUCUUGGAAUAUUUGUACCCGAGGCUGCUUUUGUUCUGUUUCUCCCACCGAGAGGCUACACGGGGUUAAAGUGACCAGUUAGUUGGCAUCAUUGGAAAUUUCAGCCGGUGAAUGGUUUUCUCUGGCACCAGGGAUGGAUCUAAUUAAAAUAAUUAAUGAAUGUUUUUGUGAUUCGUCAUCAGUAUCAGACUGACAGACGGUAACGUGAUUAACUACCAAUAAAGGUGAUCAGUGCAGGAAUGA